GAUAACCCAAAAAAGCCAAAAAACGUAUUGGGCGUUUCCUCAUUGGAGUUAUUGAAUAUUAACAGCCGCGCACUGUAGGUGUGGGGAGAAGGGGGUGGCUCUAUCCCACCUAAUAAACUGCGUAACUCUGCCCUUAUCAGCUACAGACAAGGCGAUAGACUAACUGGCAGCGCAAUAUACCCAUACAGCUCACCUCGGUUUUCUCGGGUCAGCAUAAAUUCGCAUCGCAAAUCCGGCAAUAAAUCAUCGAUAGCACAGUCCUCAAAACAAGUUAUUAGGCUACUGUUUGUCCGCGCUAGGGGAUUACCGCUCCAGCGGCGAGACGCGAAGCCUUCACAGAGAGAGGACGCAGAGAGAGGGACGUCUACCGCUCCAGAGGAGAGCCGAGGGGCUUGGGAGAUCCGCGCCGCACACAUGAAUGAUAUAGCGGAAAUGGUGGCCUUUGUCCUGGGGUUCCUGGGCUGGGUGAUGGCCGGCGUGGCGGUGCCCAACCGCUACUGGAAGGAGUCCACUCUGGAGGGCAGCGUGAUCACCACCACCACCAUCUACGAGAACCUGUGGAUCUCCUGCGCGUCCGACGCCUCCGGGAUCCACAACUGCCGAGAGUUCCCGUCCCUGCUCGCCCUAUCCGGGUACCUCCAGGUGUCCCGAGCCCUGAUGGUCACGUCCAUCGUGCUGGGCUUCUGCGCCACCUUGGUCUCCAUGCUGGGGCUGCAGUGCACCAAAGUGGGCGGAGACAACUACACCCUGAAGGGCCGACUGGCUGGUCUGGGAGGACUCCUCUUCCUGCUGCAAGGGGCUCCCGCCUCUGCCCCUGGGGUGGGAGUGUGGGGCAUGCUGGCGGCCCAGGGCUUGUGCAGGAAACAGCUGUUCACUGAUGGCCACGUGUACAAUACCUUGUGCAAUCGCCCCCCUCCUUUUGAUCAAAGGACAAAUCGAUCUGCUUAG